AUGCUGAAACCUCUCAUGACAUCCACAGCAUACCACUCGAGAGCGUUCUUUAUAUUCACCGCGACUCCAAAAAUUUGGCUCUUGGCAGUGCGGACAGUUGAUAUGUUGAAAAAUUUCUUUACAAUUAUGACAAGUGACACGGUAGCCAGGAAUUCGAUUGGCGUCUUUCCACGCGCACGGUUCUGCGCAUCUUGGGCAAUUAAUAUGCUGAUACUUGUGGUUACAACUGGUACAUGUAAUUGUUUCGCCGGAUCUGUAAUUUGCUUUCGACCAUAUAUGCAGUUCGGAACAGCAUGGGCAGUUGAUGGCCUGGUAAAAUUUCUCACACGAGUAGCAUCGAUAACGUAA